GCCGCCGCCGCUGGCGGCGUCGCGCGUGCAUGACGUCACGCCAUGGCCGCCCAGCUCUGCCGCCAGUAGAGGCCUUGUCGCGCGCCCCGCCGCUUUCCCGGAGCCGCUUCCCCGCUCCCUCCCCCGACCCCCUCCCGCUCGGCAAGACUAGUGGGUCCUGAUGGAUGUUUCUGAAACACUUGAGCAAAACCCCCGCUCUCCCAGUGAGAAAGACGAAGAGGAGGAUGACCACCAGCCCUCUGAUGACGAAAUCCUGAAAGGGAGUAGUUCAGAGCAGGAUGGGGAGGAAGGACAGGGUGCCUGUUUGGGGAAAGGUGCAGAUGGGGUAACUAGAACAUUGAGCCAUGGGGAGGAGGAGGGCCUUCCCUCAGAGGAAGAGGAGCGUUUAAGUGAAACCAAGUCUCCGGACUCUGAUCGUAACGAUCAAAGCCAACCGCUCAAGUCCUCCCUGCGUGUUGAGCAAGCAGAAGACGGGGCAAAUGACCUGGGGGAUGAAGCCUCCUCGGUCAUUCGAGAACUGGAUGAGCAUGAACUGGACUAUGAUGAGGAGGUUCCCGAGGAGCCCAGCGCCGUUCCUGUGGACGAUGAGGCUGACAAGGCUGUGGGGGAGGAGGAGGAGGAAGAGGAAGAAGAAAAGGGAGACGAGCCUCUGGGAAAUGAAAAACAGCCCACCCCCAAAAGCAACAGUGAGAAGGAUGAGCAGGAGCCUCCCAAGGAGAAGAAGAAGGAAGAAGAUGGAGAAAUCGAUGAUGGCGAGAUUGAUGAUGAUGACCUGGAGGAGGGAGAGGUGAAAGAUCCCAAUGACAGAAAAAUGAGGCCACGUCUUACCUGCCGUUUUUUUGUGAAAGGGAACUGUACUUGGGGCAUAAACUGCCGAUUUAUUCAUCCUGGUGUGAAUGACAAAGGAAACUACUCCCUGAUUACCAAGCCAGAUCCUUUCUCUUCUAAUGGUGCCCCUCCUAUUGGCCCUGGUCCUCACCCUUUGAUGCCAGCCAACCCUUGGGGAGGGCCCGGUGUGGAAGAAAUCUUCCCGCCCCCACCUCCUGACCCUCCAACAGAAGGUGCCUGGGAACGGGGCCUCCGACACGCGAAGGAGGUGCUGAAAAAGGCUACCAUGAGGAAAGAACAAGAACCCGAUUUCGAAGAAAAACGGUUUACAGUAACGAUUGGGGAAGACGAGCGCGAAUUCGACAAAGAAAAUGAAUUUUUACGAGACUGGAACUAUCGCAUCACUCGGGACGUGCAGGAUUCAAGUGACACCGAAGUCAAAGAGAACAUUAAUUAUGGGCUCGACCCAUAUUCCGAUCCCUACUAUGAUUACGAUAUAGAACGCUUCUGGCGGGGAGGGCAGUAUGAGAACUUCAGGGUCCAGUACACGGAUCCAGACCCCUACCGCAAUUACAGGCUGAGUAAGGAAAGGGAGCGAGAGAGGGAUCGGGAGAACCGGCAGCGGGAACGGGAGCGAGAGAGGGAGCGGGAACGGGAGCGAGAACGGCGGCAGAGGGAGCGGGAGCGUGAAAGGGAACGGGAGCGUGACAAGGAGCGCCAGAGGCGGAAAGAAGAGUGGGAGAGGGAGCGGGAGCGCAUCAAGCGAGAUGACAAGGAGCGCCCACACCGGGACCGAGAUCGGGAACGCGAGAAAGAGCGCGAGAAAGAGAAGGAGAAGCCAAAGCCUCGAUCCCCACCGCCAGCCAGCCGUCAGCCCGAGCCAUCAAAGAAGGAGAAGGAGGCCACUACAACCACUCCUUCUCAGUCCAAGAGAGCAGAUGAAUGGAAGGACCCCUGGCGCCGAUCGAAAUCUCCCAAAAAAAAGCACAGCAUGUCCGCCUCGCCCAGUCACGCAAGGAGGCGCCGGAAAACCUCGGCUUCAUCAGCUUCUGGCUCAGGUUCUUCAAGGUCAUCUUCCCGCUCCUCCUCCUAUUCUGGAUCAGGUUCUUCGCGGUCACGUUCCAGAUCGUCCUCCUAUAGCUCCUACACUAGUCACUCUUCCAGGCACAGCUCCUUCUCAGGCAGCCGGUCCAGGUCGCAGUCCUUCUCCUCUUCGCCGUCUCCUUCUCCCACGCCUUCUCCACACAAGCCUCCCCCCAAAGUCAAAGGGGAAUCUGCAGUUCUGGCUGGAAAAGGUGAAAAGCUUGUGAAGAAACUCCCAGCCGCACCAGCACCUCCACCGGUGGCAAAAGUUGCCCCCUCUGCCCCAGAGCCAGCCAAACCAGGGGACAACAGGGAGGCAAGGCGGAAGGAGCGGCAAGCGAGGACCCCGCCCAGAAGGCGGGCCGUCAGUUGCAGCGGCAGCAGUUACAGCGGGUCCAGCUCUCACUCGAGGUCCCUGUCCCGGUCCCUGUCGCAGUCCUCCUCAGCCUCGCUCUCCCCGUCUCCAUCCGGGUCCAGGAAAUCCAGGUCUCUGAGUGUCAGCAGCGUCUCUUCCGCCUCCAGUGCCUCCUCCAGCAGCAGCUCAGUCCGGAGCGCCGACUCGGAAGACAUGUACGCGGACCUGGCCAGCCCGGUUUCUUCGGCUAGCUCCCGGUCCCCGACCCCCGCCCAGCAGAAGAAAGAAAGGGGAAAGGCCAAGAAAGAGAGCGGCCCGAAGGAGGAGAAGCGGAAGCGAGACGUCCCAGCGCAGCCGGCCAAAUCCGCCAAGCCAGCCUCAGGGGGGAAGUCUCAGCAGCCUCCCGCCCCCCACCCGCCCUCCCAGGCCCAGCCUGCUGGCUUCAGUGCCCACAAGGAAAUCAAGCUCACCCUAUUGAACAAGGCGGCUGACAAGAACAGCAGUCGGAAGCGGUACGAGCCCUCCGACAAAGACCGGCAGGCUUCUCCCCCGACCAAGAGGAUCAACCUGUCUCCAGGUGCUCGCGACCGGAAACUCACCGGAAGGCUCACCUCUCCCAAACAGGACCGUCAGCGGGGGCCCAACCCGAAGCCCUCCCCGGCACAGGCUGAUAAGAAGCGCCCGCUCUCCCCGCCGUCUAAGAGUUCCAGCAAGGUCACGAGCAUCCCAGGCAAAGCGGCCGAGCCGGUCCCUCCAGCUGCCCCGGCCAAAUCGGGCAAGUCCAGCACGUUGUCGCGAAGGGAGGAGCUCCUGAAGCAGCUGAAGGCCGUGGAGGACGCCAUUGCUCGGAAGCGGGCCAAGAUCCCCGGGAAAGUAUAGUCCAGCGCUGGCCCGGCCCGGAUCAGAGACUCGCCCGUGUUUUUAUAAAUAGCGUCCAAGCAGCCACUUUGGAUUUUGCAGUUCUGUUUUAUUUUGGCAGUGGCCCUUUUUAAAAAACAAAACCACAACAACAACAACAAAAACAAAAGCAAAACCAACAACCAAUUGGAUAAAUUUUGUCAGCUGGAAUCCACCCCCCCACCGCCCACUUCCUGGGUGGGAGACGGUUCCCCCGACUGCCUCUCUCACCCAGGUGCUGCUGGCCCCGGGUGCAAGUGUUCGCCGCGGUCGUUUUCCUGGUCCUGGUGCACAGUGGGCUCCUCACCGCAGCCUCGUCCGGUGUGUCCUCCCCCCCUUUCUCCUCCCCCACCUCUUCGCUAGCUAUGAAUUGCAUCCCCCUAGUUAGCCCCCAUGCUACGUGUCGCGUGUUGUCAGCCAUGCACUUCUGCACACGUGUAAAAGGAGAGUGUCCCCCCCCCCAAAAAAAACACCGUCCCCAGCCGGAACUUCCCCCUCUCUGCCCUUCCCCUCCCCUCCCCCCAGCUGCGUAGAGACCCGUGAUGAGAAGAUUCCAUGUCUCUUUUAUUUUAACCAAAAGAUUGUUUUAGUUGAUUUAAAGCCAGAA